CCUAAAAAAAAAAUUGGAUACUUGCUGUAGAGAGAAGCAGCAAAAUCCAACAACAACAGCAACAUGUGUAUUUGUUAUUAUUCUUAAUUUCCACUCUAUAGUUGUAAAAUAUGUAUGUUUUUAUUACUAGUACUGAGUUUGUGUUGUGAGGAGAGAGAGAGAGAAAGAGAGAAGAAAAGAACAAUUUUAAUUUAAUUUAAUUAAAUUAUUUGUUUUACGUUUGUAGCAACCGUUGGAUCAUUCUGGUUUUCGAUCUGUACUUUGGUCGCUGAGACAUAGCCAUGAAUGCUAUAGAUCCGAGUGUCUAAUACAACAUUCGUCGCAUUGUAAUUCGCAUUCAACCUCUUCCAAAACUUGGGAUCUUAAACUGUUUUCUUCUACCUUCCACGUUGUCGUUGAACCAAUUUUGACUUGGGUCAAUUUUCCCAAGCUUGGGAAUUGAGAUAAAUUUAUGGGUGCUACUGGUUAGGUUUUAUAUUUUGGUUUAUUUGGAGGCGUCUCGGUAAUAUUUGCCUGCUACUGGUUUGGGAAGUGGAGAUGCCGCCUUCCCCAGCGAUGAGAUACUCUCCGGGGAGAGAGGCGAGAGGAGAUGGCCAUAAGCGGAGGCACAGUCUUGAAAGUGGAAUACUUUUCCGGGGGAAUGAUGACGAUCUUGCUUUGUUCAAUGAAAUGCAGACUAGAGAAAGAGAUAGUUUUUUGCUCCAGUCUUCAGAUGACUUGGAAGAUUCGUUCGCUACAAGGUUGAGACAUUUAUCUGAUGUCAAUGUUGGAAUCUCCAUUCCUGGGCGGCGAGGAACUAGUGACUUGCUUAAUAUAGAUGGCGACAAGAAUGACUAUAACUGGUUAUUGACACCCCCGGAUACACCACUGUUUCCUUCAAUGGAUGAAGAUCCACCAUUUGCUAAUGUUGCAAGUAGAGGAAGGCAGAGUAAACCCAUUUCUAUAUCAAGAUCAUCUACGAUGGAGAAAAGUCGCAGAAGCAGUAGGGGCAGUGCAAGUCCAAAUCGUUUAAGUCCAUCUCCUCGUUCGGGAACUAAUACAUCGCAAGCAGGAGGAAGGCCUUCAUCAUUGCCAAAUUACAGUCCAACGUCCUCAAGUUUACGGUAUGCCACUCCAUCAAGAAGAUCAUCUCCACCUCCAAAUAAGCCCAUUACACCUGCUUCCAGGUCUUCCACUUUUACUCCACGGAGGUUGAGCACUGGUUCGAGUGGCUCUAUUGUCUCAUCUGGAGUUAGGGGAACUUCCCCGGUUAAGACAACUCGUGGAAACUCAUCAUCACCAAAGAUACGGGCAUGGCAAACUAAUAUACCUGGCUUCUCUUCUGAAGCUCCUCCCAAUCUCCGUACUUCGCUGGCUGAUCGACCGGCAACAUAUGUCAGGGGUUCAUCACCAGCAUCGAGAAGCGGUAAGGAAUCCACGCCCAAAUUCAGCAGGCAAUCAAUGUCUCCAACUGCUUCUAGAAGCAGUAGCUCUAUUCAUAGUCAUGAUCGUGACCCAUUCAGCUCACGCAGCAAAGGUUCUGUUGCAUCAUCUGGCGAUGAUGAUCUAGACUCUCUUCACUCCAUCCCAGUGGGUAGCUUAGACAAAUUGAGUUCAAGAAGAGAUAGUUCUUUUUCAACCAACAGAACUCCUGCCAUUUCCAAGAAAUCACCCAGGAUGAUGUCCCCAAAUUCUGCUCCUAAAAAAUCAUUCGACUCUGCUUUCCGUCAAAUGGAUAGGAAAAGCCCUCAAAACAUGUUCAGGCCACUUUUAUCAAGUGUUCCUAGUACAACCCUUUAUGCUGGCAAUGCAAAUUCUGCACAUCGAUCCCUUGUGUCUAGGAACUCCAUGGCAACAAGCAGCAAUGCAACCUCUGACCGAGUAACAAUUUUUGCUCAUGAUACUGAAGGGAUUGACCAUAGUCAAGAUGAUAUGGCAAGUGAAACUGACAAGAUGUUAUAUUCUGAUUUGCAUGAAGAAGUGUUUGCCUUUGAUAAGAUUGAUGGACUAGAUGCCAAUAUUGAACAUGAGAUCAACAAGGAAUCAGUUGAUCUUCUGCAAAAUCAAAACAAAGGCCCCAAUACUGUUUUUGGUCCAACUGAUGCUGAAGGCAAUGAAUGUUCAGAAACUUCUCAUGUCAGAGAUGUCAUUUCUGAAACUGGUAGUUUUGAAAACACAGCAAUCUGUUCUCAAUGUGGUUGUUGUUAUCAAGUCAUUAUUCAAACUGAGGAGAAUAUUGAGCUUUGUCCACAAUGCAGCAGGAAAACCACAUUGUUGAGAGCAAACCUCCCUGAGACAGUGUUGGCUGUAUCUGAAGGUUCUUCAGAGAUUUCUACAAACAUGCCCAAAGAAGAAGAAAAUUCAACAGCUGAAACAGGCCAGCUAAGGACUGCAUCUGAACUUUCUCAAUUUCCCCUUGGCGAACAUGGUUAUGACGAAAGUGAAACUUCAUGCAGCGAACUAAACCGGGUUCACUCACAAAACAGUUCAAAUCCAAGUUCACUGAAGGAGGGAGGUGAGCAUAUGCCUACAAACUGGCUAGAGAUGAACCAAUCAGGAGUUGAUGAAAUUGGGGAUCAGUUGUUGGAUCACUACAGUGAUCGCCCAGAUAUGGACAUGGACCCCAUGGAAGCCACCGGCAUUUCUGUAUUGUUGAAAAGGUCCAGCAGCAACAAAGGACCUAUUGUUCGGGCAAGGACUUUUACUGCCACAACUAUAUCUUAUGAUGACCUGUCUCUUUCAAGAGACAGUUUAAACAGUAUAAGAAGCUCUACGAGACCUGGCAGUUAUUCUGCAUCAUCAUCAACUGAUUUUAGCUCUACUAAACAAACAGAGUUUCAUAUGCACAGGCAGUUGAGUGGCCGGAAAUUGGAUGCAGACUGCGGACAUGAUUUAAGGAUUAAGCCUCCAAGCACCGCCGGUUCAUCUUUCUCUAUAACUUCAAACCGUUCUCACCAUGAAGUAGGUCUUGCAAAUCGAGAAACUUCCGGCAACACAGAAUGUAGCCCUGUGGAGGAUAUACCUCAAGUUCUGCAUGAAUAUCAAGCUUCAGAAAAUACAAUGAUAGAUUUAAAUCAAGCUUCUCCUAUCGAUUCAACUUUUGUUGAUGAAGAAAAACUAGGAAAUGAUGAUAGUAGUAGAGGAAAUAAUGUUUGCAGCUCAGAACUUUUAAGCCACACAACUGGUGUUCGACCUGAUGACAAUUUAGUGACAUCAUUUCCAGAUCCCGGGGAUUGUAUUUCAAUUGAAAAUGUUGAAGACCAUUCAGAUAUUGCAAGGAGUGUCUCAAAUACAGAAACAUCGGUUAGGACUCCAGAGUCAUCAUGUCAUGAGAAUCUUGAUGUGCAGAGUUAUGAUGUUAAUGACCUGAAUGCUUCGGUUAUUGCCAACUGUUCUACAAUCACAGAAUCAGAAAUCAAAGGGGAAGAUACUGAUCUGGCAUCAAAGUGUGCCCUUGAUGACUUACAGGAACUUUCUGCUCGAAAUCCUUCCAAUGAUUGUCACACUGCUUCUGUUUCAGAGCUCAAUGCACCCGAGUCCCAUGGAUCUGAGGAAUCAACGGUUACAGUGGAGUAUCUAGAUGCAGGCAACACUAGAAGUCUGACACUUGAAGAGGCAACCGAUACAAUCCUCUUUUGCAGUUCUAUCAUCCAUGAUCUAGCAUAUCAAGCUGCAACGAUAGCAAUGGAAAACGAAUGCUCAGGUCCAUUCGAAGGUUCUGAACCAACCGUAACUUUAUUGGGGAAAUCGGUUCCUGACAGAAAGGAUAUUCGCAGACGACCUGUUAGCAAGCGUACUGUAAAAACUCCAAAGAGCAGACCAAAGAGUGUGGAAACUGGUGUCAAAAUCGUUUCUGGCAAGACGGAGAAUGAUGAAAAUAUCGACGAGUCUUUCACAAAUAAUGUCGGGCUUCCUAACAAAGUAGAUAAUAGUAUGAAGCCCCCAAAGCUUGAAUCAAAGUGCAAUUGCAUAAUAAUGUGAGAGUCCAAUGCUUUCAAUUCCAGCACCUAUACUACAAGAUCCUAGCCAAGUUCUUGAGCGUUUAUGGUUUUGAUUGGGAUGAUAAUAACCAUUGCCAAUUGGUUUAUGUUGAUUCUAUUCCAAUAUAUUUUGUAACAAAUGCCACGUUGUGUUUGACAUAGUUGUAAAGUUUAUUAUUUAUUAUUUUUUUUUACCUUUUUUCUGUUAGUAGGCUAUUAUCAGAUAUAAGGCAUUUUGGAGGAUUGUGCUGUGUCUGUGCCCCCUCCACAUGCUGCAUUCUUGUUUGUUAUGUCAGCUAAGUGAUCUAUUAAAGGAAGUGUGAAAAGCAUUCAUAUUCA